GAGCGAUCAAGUGAGUGAGUGAGCGAGUGUGAGAGUGCUCAGCUUUUUGAGCUUCACCUUGCUUACUGACUGCUUUUGCUUACGCUGCUGCUGCUGCUUGCCUUCUUCUUAAGUUUGCCCCUCUGGAUUAAGUCGUUUUAUGCUCUCGUGGCUCGCAAUCUCUUCUUCAGAUCUUCUGCUGCUGGUCUAAAGGAUCCGGUCUGGGUUGGGAUCUGCCUCGUGACAUCAGCCUUUGGGGUGAAUCUUCUCUCUCUCGACGAAAGCGUUUCGAUUCUUUCCUUCUGUCCAGCAAUUCACACCGAGAGAGAUGGCCACCCCAAAGACUGCCACCAAGGUCGAGGAGGCUGUUGCUGCUUCAUCCGCAGCGAAGACCCAUGAGCCAGUUGUAGCUGCUGCUGCUCCUGCUGCUCCUCCUGCUUCCAGUCCCGUCGCCGUUGAAGCCCCCAAGGCUGCUGCUACUACUACUACUACUACUAAUCCUGCUGCUGCUGCUGCCCCCGUUCCCACUCCUGCACCUGCUGUCAAAAUCGAGGAAGCACCCAAAUCCGUCGUUGCUGCAGUCGAAGCACCGAAGGAAGUUGCAGCUCCCGUCGCUGUCGCUUCGACUUCGGAAGAAACUCCCAAGGUCGAGGAGACUGCAAGAGAGCUGCCGUCUGAGACUGAAGCUCUCGAGCAGGACUUGCCCGAGGCUGCUCCCGUCGAGCCGAGCAUUCCCGAAUACGCCGAAGAGUCGAACGUCGUCGCUGACUUGAAAACUCACGAGAAGAAAUCUCUCGAGGAAUUCAAGCUCAGGAUCGAGAAGGCGAUCAAGGACGGCGAAUUCAGCGCCGUGAAGAAGGUCACUGAAACGCCCAAGGACGCCGAGACCAGUGCUGUCACUGAGCUGGUCAAGGAAAUUGCUGAGACUCCCGAGACUACCACCACCACCACAGCUACCGACGCUGCUGCAGAGCCUUCAGCAGCUACUGAGGAAGCCAAGGAGGCCGUCGUCGAGGAGAAAACCAAGGAAGUUUCACCAGCUCCCGUAGUGACUGCAGCUGCUCCCGUCGAGGAGAAAGUGACAGUGACGGCCAAGGAGGCCCCAGUCGCUGCUGCUGCUGCUGCCCCUGCUGCUUCUGUCACCACUCCAGUCGAGGCCAAGCCUACUGUCUCAGAGAAGGCCAAGGAAGCAGCUGCCCCGGCCUUUGCAGCUCUAACCCACCUCGGAGAAAAAGUUGCAGAGAAGGCCAAGGAAGUGACCGCAUCGGGCGUUGCUGCUGUGACCAACGCUGCAGCAAAGGUUGCAGAGAAGGCCAAGGAAGCUGCAUCCCCAACCCCAGCCCCAGCUCCAGCUGCAGCUGCUCCCGCUGCUGCUUCUGCUGCUCCCGUUGUCGAGAAGGAGACCAAGGUAGAGCCAGCGGUUGUCGUUGCAGCUGCACCAGCUCCAGUUGUGGAAGAGAAGGCCAAGGGCAUCGCCACAAUCCCCGAGCCUGUUCUUGAGACCGUGACUCCUGUGUUCGUGGAAGAUCCCGAGGCUGUCGAAGAGUCGGAAGCAGCAGCAGCAACUCCAGCAGCUGAAGAUUCGGAGGAUGCCAUCCCUGAUGAGGACAUUUCUCUCUGGGGAGUGCCCCUUCUUCCCUUGAAGGGCGACAAGAGAACCGAUGUCAUCCUUCUUAAGUUUUUGAGGGCCAGGGACUUCAACGUGAACCAGGCGUUCAAGCAGCUCAAGAAGACCAUCGUCUGGAGACGCGAAUUCAAGACCGACAGCAUCCUCGAGGAAGAGUUCGGAACCGAUCUCGAUGGCGUUGCGUACAUGCACGGACAGGACAAGGAAGGCCACCCCGUGUGCUACAAUGUGUUCGGUACGUUCCAAGACAAGGAGCUCUACCAGAAGACUUUCGGAGAUGCUGCCAAGAUCACUGCCUUCCUCAGGUGGAGGGUGCAGGUUCUCGAGAAGGGAAUUGGACUCUUGAACUUCACCCCCGAGGGACCCAGCGCUAUGGUUCAGAUUGCUGACAUGAAGAACACUGGAUUCUUCAACAAGAAGGAUUUGAAGUCCGCAGCCAACCAAGCCACCGAUCUCUUGCAAGACAACUAUCCCGAGAUGGUCGCACGAAAGAUUUUCGUCAACGCUCCGUGGUAUUUCGCCGCGCUCUACUCCGUCGUGAGCCCAUUCCUCUCCCAACGGACCAAGAGCAAAUUCACCGUAGCUCCUGCUGGAAAGACUACCGAGCAUCUGCUCAAGUUUAUUCCAGCUGAACAUAUUCCAGUUUCCUAUGGAGGUCUCAGCAGAACCAACGACUGUGACUUCGCAGGGGUCGAUGCACCUGUACAGGAGUUGAUCUUGAAGGCUGGCGAGAAGCAAACCAUCGAGAUUCCCCUCGAGAAGGACGCUUCCGUUGUCUGGGAUCUGACCGUGGUGGGUUAUGAGGUGAACUACGAAGCUGAGUUUGUGCCCAGCACCGAAGGCGCUUACGCGAUCACCAUCGAGAAGAGCAAGAAGUUGCCCGUCUCUACAGAAGCACCGGUUCGCAGCACAUUCAAGGCACCCGAAGCAGGCAAAGUCGUGGUGACAGUGGACAACUCGUCAAAGAAGAAGAAGAUCGUUCUCUACAGGUACAUUGUCAAGGCCGAAUAGACCAAAUCGUCGGCCUAAAUCGACGGAUCUGCAUUCGAAAGCGACGUGAAAAGUUGAAACCUUCUCCUUACUUCAGAGGAUGACUGAAGAGGGGUACAGUAGUAAGCAAGCGAUGCUGCAGCUCGAGAGCCGAGAGCACGAGAGCACGAGCAUCCAGUUGAACCUUAACGGGGACGAAUUUCUUGUCCCCGAAAAUGGAGACGCUACGACCCCGUCGUACGUCUCGAACAUCCCGAACAUCAAUGGAUUUGAUUGUCUUUGGAACUUCUCAAGGGAAACUUUAGCUUUUUCAUGAACGUGAACAAUUAUUCAUUCAUCGCGACAGGAUCAUGCGACAGAGCUUGGACUAGGCAUGUUCAAGCUCAUGAAUCUGGACGACGACAUCCUCGCCGGACAAUGGUAGACUAGCAGAUAACCUCUCUUGAACUGUUCAGUAUCGAGAUUGGUAAAACUCAUUGAUUCAGUUUGAGCAGUAUAUUUGUGCGACCAUAUUUUUCUUCUUUGUAGAUAUUAGCUGGGUUAGAGAGCGAUGGUAGAACAUUGGCCACACAGCAGCAGCAUAGAUUAGCAGCAUUGGCUGAGAGCUCCAAUUUAGACGAGCUUUAUGGCUCCAGUAGAUUAGGGUCAUUCAAUCAGAUUGUAUUUUGAGAUUUGUGGCCACGAGCACAUAUGAAAAUAUCUUCUAUUCAGUUGCCGGGGAAAUGUCCUUCCCCUAACUGAAUAGUGGGAGUCAUUCCUUGAAAACAAUCUGUCGUCUACACCUGCGCUUCUCUUCAAUUUCGUUCGACCGAUCGCGUUCUCUCGAAGCUGAAGGAACCAUAGAACUGCCAUGCUUGCAGUCGCUGAUCAUCACAUCUUCCGACUAGACUCGAUGACUGUGAACUUCCAUUCCAUCCGGAAAUGUCGAUCCACUAGCUCGAC